AACACGAGAAACUUCAACUUUUUGCGUUUUUACUCUGCGCAGAAACACUCAGGCGUUUGCGAAGUGUCAAUCCGUCAGGGUGAAUUUGGCUUUCUCGUGAUAGUAAGUAGAGAUUCUUGAAGCCAAGUUGGCGUUUCUCUCGUUCUCUCAGCUUCUUUUUUUUUACAUCAGCAUUGGUAAACAGAGCCCGUUUGGGAGUUUCAUACAUUCAGUUGCCGUGUAACUGCCACGCUAGAUUGUGUUGAACUCGGUUUCCAUGUUUUGCGUUCAUGAGUUACAAAGCAGGAAAAGGAAAGCGCAGCUGUGACUCGCGCAUAAUCAAGCAAACAAAUCUAAAGAAAAAGUUUCUUAUUUCACGCUCUGCUCUGUCACAAUGUUAUUGUGUUAAAUGCUGAAAGUCUGCUGCUUCACUGCACGAUAUACAUGACUGCAGUUGAUGGUGACAUGAGUCAGAGGGAAUCAUAUUGUGAAAUUCAACAGCGACUGGUGAUGGAGUGACACAUUUCGGGGCUUAUUUGUGCCCAACGCUGAUCUAACAUUUGGAAGAGACGACUGGAAUAAGCCAUAAGGCGCACAGCUCCAUACUGAAGUGUUUAAGUUAGUCUGAGGGGAAAUUUAAAAGACCUAAAAAUACAGCGUUGGUUUCUUCCCUACAAAGAAUCAUUUGAACUUCCCACCGCAGAGCGAGAGCGACAUAAAUAGUUCUGACAUGUGGAUGUAAUUUCAGAAGAGGAAAAAAGACAGAUGCGGAGAAAUAAAGAGAGCGGGCUGAGCCUGAGCAUAUAGUAGAUUAUAGGAAAUUAAAUCGAGGGCUGAGCAAGGCGAUUACAGAGUUAUGAUUUCACAAGCCGCCGUGAGCACCGAGAGGCCAGAUGGAGUGAAAAAACACCACUCGGUCCACUUUGAAGAGAGUUAAGUAGAUUAAAUCAUUUCAUCGGAGCAUCAUCAGCGUCUGUUUGAGCCCCACAAGGACUCUUGGAGGUAGAGUUGCCUCAAGUCAGGGAUGGGAUCCGCUCUGCUGCUCCACAAUCUGGACUUUCUUCUCAUCUCACUACUCAGCAGUUUAUGUCUGGCGUACGCUGAUGAUGUGCUUACGAAAGAUGAACAGAUAGGCCUGUUGUUCAGAGCCAAACGGAAGUGCGAGGGAACAAUCAAGUCAAAGCACAAGAUUCCUGAUGGUUUCUGCUCACCAGAAUGGGACGGCAUUGUUUGUUGGCCCGAAGGACCCCCGGGAAAACUUGUAUCCACCGCCUGCCCAGAGUAUAUCCAUGACUUCAACCAUAAAGGACUAGCAUACCGUCGGUGUGACAACAACGGAACGUGGGAGCUGGCCACCGCCAACAAGACAUGGGCCAAUUAUAACGAGUGUGCAAAAUUCCUCUACCAUUACAACCACAGCCAUGAAAAGGAUGUCUUUCACCGUCUGUAUCUCAUCUACACAGUCGGGUACUCCAUCUCUCUGGGAUCACUCAUGGUGGCUGUCGUCAUCUUGGGAUAUUUCCGACGAUUGCACUGCACCAGGAACUACAUCCACAUGCACCUAUUUGUGUCCUACAUGCUAAGAGCUAUAAGUAUAUUUGUGAAAGAUGUUGUGCUCUACUCUGGAUCGGCCUUAGAGAACAUGGAAAGAGUCACAGUGGAAGACCUCAAGUCCAUCACUGAGGCCCCACCAGCCAACAAAACACAGUUCAUCGGCUGCAAGGUGGUUGUGACUUUGUUCUUGUACUUUCUGGCCACCAAUUACUACUGGAUCCUUGUGGAGGGUCUGUACCUCCACAGCCUCAUCUUUAUGACCUUCUUCUCAGACAGAAAGUAUCUGUGGGGAUUUACUCUGAUUGGAUGGGGAGUACCAGCUAUGGUUGUGACAGUUUGGGCAACUAUGAGAGCCACAUUUGCAGACACAGAGUGUUGGGACUUAAGUGCAGGCAAUUUGAAAUGGAUAUACCAAGUGCCUAUCCUGGCCGCUAUAGUGGUUAAUUUUAUGUUAUUUCUGAACAUCAUCAGAGUGUUGGCAACUAAACUACGAGAAACAAAUGCUGGAAGGUGCGACACAAGACAACAGUACAGAAAACUGUUGAAGUCCACGUUGGUGCUGAUGCCACUCUUUGGUGUCCACUACAUCAUAUUCCACGCCAUGCCGUAUACAGAGGUGUCUGGAGUUCCCUGGCUGAUACAGAUGCAUUAUGAGAUGCUUUUCAACUCCUUCCAGGGAUUCUUAGUUGCAAUUAUAUACUGCUUUUGCAAUGGGGAGGUGCAAGCUGAGAUCAAAAAGUCCUGGAGCAGGAGGACUCUGGCCCUGGACUUCAAAAGAAAAGCUCGGAGCGGCAGCAACACAUACAGCUAUGGACCUAUGGUUUCACACACCAGUGUUACCAACGUCACUGCCAGAGGACCGCUGGCCCUGCACCUCACCACGAGGCUGGGCCCGGUGCCUGUGAACGGGCACAGGAACCUCCCUGGGUACGUGAAGAACGGCUCUGUCUCCGAGAACUCGAUACCUUCAUCAGGACAGGAGCUUCACAUUCCUGAUGAGGAGCACUCUGCUCAUACACGGCCCUGCGAAAACGAGAAACCCUCACCUGUGGUGGAAGAGGAGAGGGAGACAGUCAUGUGACCUCCAGUGUAUAGGGAUGAAAACUGGAAAAAAUAAAUCAAGGAACAGUCUCAGGAUGGUCUGAAGGGGACGGCUGCACGCGUCAACACUGCCAGUUUUUUCACCUGUGAAUCAAGCCGGGACAGUACCGACAGAUACUCAAGGCAAAAAGGGUGUAUCACUUUUGUGAGCUGGGCCGCCUUUUAUUUGAGUGCUGGUGACCCACAUCGUUGUGGCAAAAACACUCUCAACUCUUUCAUCAUCCACCUGCCACAGAGAAUGUGUAAAAGGAUGAAAACAGACUGCCGUUUCUUAUUUCUUUUCCACUGCCAUAACUGUUGUUAUCUUACUUUCUGUUUGCUUCUUUGGCAAGUGUCUUGUGCUCAGCUUCUGUGCAUGAAUUAAACUGGGGUUAGUUACAGUAUAGUUGCCAGGAACAGCCUUAAUCACCUAUGUGUGGAUUUUGAGUGCACUUAGUGAUGCAUGUGUGGGCAGUUUUAUCAGCAAGAUGUUGGAGUAAGUCAGCAUGAGAAGACUAAAGGGGCAGUAUCCACCAAAGCAUUUUUUUCUGAGGCCAGCAUAUUUCUUUUAAUGAUUUGCAGUGGGAGCACCGCAUAUUUACACCCAACUACGAACACGGGCAGCAUGAAGUGGUGCUGAGCGGAAAGUCUGCGCUGAGUGCUGCUGGUUAGGCUUUUCUUUUUUUCCCCUUUUUUAGGAGCACUGAGAGUUGAAAAUUGUUCAACUUAAGGUUAAAAUGCACAUCACUGUCAACUGAGAGAUCCAGUCCAACAUGUUCUCAUCCCAACUCGUCACAUGUUGCAGUUUUGUCAGUUGACUUCCGUGUCUACUUAUUAUGAGUUAGGUAUCCCUCUGCAUCUGCUGUUUACACUCCAGGAUGCCUUUACCAUGAUGUCAACAAAAGAACAUGGUGGGAUGAUGUGGCACGUCGUUGUGUUUAGGCAAAGUGAUCACAUGGCAACCACACAUUUGAAUGUCAACAAACACACAUGAUGGCACAGAUUAUGUCUAGGCGAUAAAGUCACGGAUGGUUAGGAUUAGGGGAAGGAAGCACAUGGAAAGGUUUCCAGCUCCCCUCCCAGCUACCAUAUGAGCACCCUCGUGCUCCCUCAUGUCUUUACCGGCAGGGUUGCAACCUGAUGCUGUCCUGCUGCGAUUCAUGCGUACACAACAGGUUCCAUCCCGCCGCAUUCUCAAGUGAUGCCUCCAGUGCAUCAUCAUGUGGAUGCGGCAGGUGUCAUCCGUCUGUCCGGGGGUGUAUAUAAUAACAAUGCGACCAGUUCUGUCAGGCCGCGUUCUCACCCGACGCCAUCCAGCGGCAUUUCAUGCACACACGAAAGGUGCCUUUUGGCAUCACACACUUAUGCCAAAAGCACUGACUAAGCAGUACUUUUAUGAGUUCAGAGUGAGAGCAAGCUGUCCAGUCACAGUGGAGGAGGGACAAACAGCCUACAGCAAAGACAAACUGACACAUCUGACAUGAGCAAGUGCUGAACAAAAAAAAAAAUAUGGAGGAGAAAUCUGUGUACAUACUGUAAAAAUAUUAUGUAUUCCUCCCAUGAACCCACACAGACCGGAGGGUGAAUCCUCUCUCCAUACAUGCUUCUGCCCCCCCCAAUCCAGUGCACUUACUCUACCUUGUGCCGACAUGUUUACUUCAGCGGAUAUUCCGUAUCAUAGCAACCAGACGCAACCAAAGCGUCUCAGCUGAAAAAACACUGCUCCUCCAAAGCUCUCUCAAACGGCGUUUCCUGACUAGCAAGUGGUGUUUUCAGCUGGGAAAAAAAAACACCUUGGUGGACACGGCCCCUAAGUGUAGGCUCAGCUUAAAAUUCUUUAAUGCUACUACUUUGAGGCAUCCAUUCAUGCUUUUUGGCAUGGUAUCUCAUUUGUCCUGCAUUGACUUUAAUCCACUUCAGUGUAAAAGGGAAGGUACUCAGGUAAUUGAAGUCCUCUGUUGUUGCACACCUAUUUUUUAUACUUUAAAGUGGUGUUUUGGCAUGGUCAGCAUUUCUCUAAGGGUAUUGGUUUGUUAUAUAAGACUGUGUCAUAUUUUUUUUUCGAAAUGUUGUACAGUUUCUGCUGUUCAGAAGAACCCAGUAUUCAUAUCUAAUUACAACAAAUUUCGAAGAGUUCAAAUGAAUGUUUCAUAUUCAAAUUUUCUCCAAAAAUACCCUCACACACACACACAACCACACACACACACACACACUCACACACACACUCACACACACACACAACAUGAUGCCAAAGCAGGACUAUUUCUUUGAAGACUGUCUCGCUCUGUGGGUUCAGUGUUAGCUGAGGUAAAGACAAACGUUAUGGAAUUCUGACAACAGCAGUAUCGUAUGUUCCCACACAGUUUUCAAAGGAGGAGACCCCGUUUUAAAAACACCGGGUGCAGGAAACGGUCAUAUAUUCCAGUGGAAUGUUAAUUAAAUGAGGAUUCCAAGAAAAUCUCAAAUUCAGCUGGAAUUCCAAGAGUGACAUUUGUGGUGGAUAUGAAGGAAAACCCAGAAAAUGAAUAACACACAGUGAUUUUUUACAAAUGGUUCAGUGUUAUGCUGCUUUUUGAUGUGUAUAUACAAGUCACAAUGUUUACAAAGAUCAGAAAUACAUUAUAAUUGUGAGCUAAUAGUGUUUAUGUGUAUGGUUAUAAAGCUAUGUUGUUUUUUUUUUUUUUAUGUGUUUGUUUACGGAUUGUUUGCAAUAUUUGGUUUUGUAUAUAGUCCAAAACAAAACUGGUGAAUAUAUUUACAGGUGACGGAGGGCAUUCAAACUAGCAUUUAAUGAAGCAUUCCAAUAGAUAUGUUAAUCUCUGUAACUUGUAAUUUACCACACUUAACCUGCAUGUUUUGCAGGUUAGGUGACAUUAUCUGUAAUACCAAAGAGAAAAGGCUGCCACAGUGAGAAGGUUAUUUUGCAGCAUUUUCUUGUGUUAUCAUCCACCAUCUUGUUUACAGUGUGACCAAAAAGUCUUAAAGUUGCAGUAAAAUCACUGUCUCAAAAAAAGUAUUUGCUACUGGUAGUUAGUGUAAGAAAAUGUAGAGAUAAAAGUGUCAAAAAAUAGAGCACCCUUACAGAUUCUUGAUACAUAUUAGGUUUCAUGUAAACAGUAAUAAGGCAAAUGGGAAAAACAUUCACAACACUCUGUAGCUUAGCAACAAUGGACAAAGACCAUUAAUAUUAAAGGCACUUUUGUUGCUCCACUUGGAUUAACUUGGUCCCAAGAGCUAAAUUAGUAACAAUUUGGUUUGGACUAAUGUGUCUGAUUGAGUCAUGAUUUAGACUACAUUCAGCUUAUUAGAGUUUUACCUCACAUUAAUUUCAAUAUGUGACAAAAGCUCAUUUUUGCUAAGUGUUAUUCCACAUUGCUUUACAUCAUCCAGUAGAGACCCACUUUGAAGCUUUCUUUUCCCUCCUGCUAUUGCGUUUUUUUUGGUACUCACACUGACUGAAUUAGGCUCCCUAUUACCCAACCUCUAUAAACAGAAAUCUGCAUAUGUAUGGGGAAUUUUAGGCACCAGUACAGGAUUUU